AUGGGAUAUAAGAUAUAUUCUAACUCUGACUUAGUUCAAACAGUAACAUGGGCAAACUAUGAAUGGUUCGCUUUGAGAAACUCAGUACAACCACAAGCUAGAGAACAAACAGACCAGUAUGCAACUAUUGAGAAAAUAAGAAGACUUGACCCUAACGUUCCAGGAGUUUAUGUUAACCUUUCUGGACAAACUGCAGCAGCAGUAACCAAAGUAAAACUGAAACUUAGAGUUCCUUUGUCAUCUUUCCUCAUCUUCAGGUUUUUAAGAUACUUGCCAAACUGGGCAGGAAAAAUUUCUAUCGAACUUACUCCAAGCAAAAAUAACUUAGUCAUUGCACCAACACAAGACCCAUUCACUCUUACAGAUACAGCUGGUGGAGCCAAGUUCUGUGACUUUUGCAAAGACAAAGUUGACUUAGACUUUGGUUUCUCAAACUUCAACAAUGAAGUAAACUAUUAUUUCAAUGCUGCUGGAACUGCUUGGGACCCAGUUAAGUUUACAUGCGAAAAAUUUGAAUGCAAGAGAAUAGAAAGCAGACUUGCCGUUUAUAUGUUGGACCCAGAUAUUUCAAAUGCUUUAGCUGCCAAAUAUAUUGCAGUUCCACUUAUGUUCCCUAUACACCAAAUAUCUGUCAAAGACUUUGCAGGUGAAGUUGGAAACCAAAGUGCUGACCCAGGUGCAAGAACAGAUAUUGCUUUAACAACUGCAAUGAAACAUGCAGAUACUAUGUUUGUACUGUUCAGACGAACUAUAAAUGACUAUUCUUGUUUCUACAACCCCGGUAUUAAAUAUCAUAUAAACAUAGAUGGCAAAUAUUAUCCAAGAGAAGAAUAUUCUACAGUUGAGGAUAUGAG